CAAAGGCGAGCGGGGGAGUCACCUCCGAGUCGGACACACCAACGCUCCGCCUCCGGUCCAAGCCAAGCAAAACGCUCCCAUCAUAAAAAGCACAAGCUCUCUCUUGCCAUCCAUCGUCCCACGAUCGUCGCUAUCCCCCACCUCGCAUCGUCUCCAACCCAAUCCAAAUCCGGAGCGGAGCGAGCGAGUGAAGAAGGCGACGAGGCCCAGGGGGUUGCUUUCUUCUUCCAGCCCUUCGCCUUCGCCGAUCGACCGAGAGGAUGGCGGGCGGCGGGAGGAUCAUCAGGGUGCCGGCGCUGCGGACGUGCGCGGCGGCGGCGGUGGCGGCGUGCGCGGUGCCCGUGGCCGUGUCGCUGGCGCUGCUCUGGCUGCCCCUGCUCUGCUUCGCGGUGGCCGUCGUCCGGUUCCGCCGGGUGAUGAGGACGCGGAGGGCGGCGGCGGCGGAGCAGAGGUGCGGCGGCGGCGGCGGCGGGAGGUCGGGGGCGGCGGUGGACGCCGGCGACCGGCUGAGGCUGCUGCAGAAGUACCUCGAGGACCAGAUGGAGCUCGUCGGGGCCGAGGCCGGGGAGGUGUUCUUCCGCGACCUCGGCAGCAGCAGCCGCGUCGAGUCAUAGAGAGCGGGGGGGAUUGUAUCUUUCCUUUUUCUUUGUUCUUCUUGUUCUUCAAGAAGAAUCGAUCAGAGACUUCGAUCUGUAGGAGCCGGUUUUGUUCGUGGUCGGUGGAAUGAAACAUGAGCAAGGAUUUAGUUUAGAGUC